UCGACUUCGCAGCCGACUACCGAACGCGUCGCGCAGACACCCGCGCGAGUGAAUUCGAAAGUUUCGAACGUGUGCUCUACCUUUGAACUGUUUCACGUAAACGGCCCCGCGUGUGACUGAACGUCGAACCUCCCACAUGGAACGACAGUAACUUGGAGCAGCGCCGUGCCUGGUGUCCGUGCAGCAGGUGGUUCCUCGCUGAGCGCGCAGGGGAUGCGGCCUGGCGAUGCCCUCCCGCCGCCUGCCGCCGCGGCCGCCGCCGGCGCACUCUCGGUCGCAGCUGCGCGCCGUCUUCUCCGCCUGCGACCCACACCGCACCGGAGUCGUCUCGCUGGACCGCCUGCUCGAGCUCGCCAGGGCCUACUGUCCGCCGGACAGCUCGCAGGAGGUGGAACGCGCCCUGCGGCAGCUGGACCCGGCGGGACGCGGCCUACUCGGCUUCCGGGACUUCUGCGCCGGCGUCUCUGCGCUGCUAGCAGGUGACGAGGGCAGGAUGGUGGAGCCGCCCAGCUUCCUGCUGACCAGCCACGACGACGCCCCGCCCCUCGCCGUCGCGACGCCGCCCGCCUCCACGGACGACGCCGACUCCGCCCUCGGAGGCAGCACCUCGCCGGAGCUCAACGGAAAGAGCCAGUGCUCGAGCCUUUCGGACGGAGAGAGCUUCGAGUGCUACGGCGAGAGCGGUGACAUCGAGCUGGAUGGCGAGGCGCCCCAGGCCAGAGAAGGCCGGCGGAGCCCGCUGGCGCGGCACACGUGGCUGAGGACCAGCCUGCGCAGGCCCAACUCGAGCAGCAACAACGAGAACCUGCCGAAUCGGCGGUGGGGCUCCUUCAGACACACCGGUAGACGGCUUGGAUCCAAUGCGUUGGCAAGCCAGCUGUACCGCAGCUCGAGUUUCAACUCGUCGGGGCGCAGUUCGACCUGCGACACGGGGGACGACAUGUACUCGGACGUCUCGCUAGAGGAGGACGUGUUAGACCUCAACCACAAGGUCCAGAUGCUACAGCAGCAGGUAAACGUGCUGGCGGACAACCAGACCAACACGGAUGACCGCUACACGCGCGCCAAACAGGACAGCGCCGCCCUCCAGGCCAGGGUCCUGAUGCUAGAGGAGCAAGUCCGUGAGGCAGAGCUGAGGGCGGAGGAGCGGCUGCAGGAGGAGCAGCGGCGGCACCGCGAGCUGAUGGUGCGCGUCGAGCGCGAGAAGCAGCUUCAGGUCGAGAACUGCACGAUCAGGCUGCAGACACUGGAGUUGGAGGCAGCCAGCCUACGUGAGGAGGUGACGCGACUGCGAGCCCAGACGGACCGCCUCCGAAACGAGAAGCAGGACAUGGAGGAGCAGCUGGCUGAGGCGCAGUGUGCCAUGUCGGCACUGAGGGAGGAUGCAGAGCGCUUGCAGGAAGCUGAGCGCCGGCUGUGUGAGGAAGCAGCACGCGAGAGCCACGCCAACGCACAGGUUGUUGAGGAACUAAGCCGCGAAUUGGAAGUGCUCAGACAAGAACAGCUUGAGAGGUCGGAGAUGGGAGAUACAUCCAGGAGUCUGAGCCAUUCUCAGCAAGAAGAAGAACUCGCACAGCAGUUGUGUGAACUGCAAGCUGAACUCUCUGUACUGCGGCAACAAAAUAAAAGUCUGCAGGAAAGCAAUGAAGAACUGCAGGCUCAGAUGCUGACACGAAGCCUCGAAGAGGGUAGAACCCUCCUCACAAAUGGUGCCGGUGCGGGAAACAGUCUCGCAGCAGAACUGGAAGCCAUGUCGCAGGAUGAGCUAAAUGCUGACGCUUCGGACAACCUCUCUUUAGAACAGAUGAGGACAGCACUGAAAGAGCAGCAGGAAGUCAAUGCACAGCUACGAACAUAUAUUGAUGGAAUAUUGCUGAACAUUGUGGAAAAUUAUCCUCAGCUGCUGGAAGUCAAAACACACUGAAGUUGGAAUGUGGGAAUAGAGAGGAAUGAAUGCAACUGAAAAUGUGUCAAUGUCAAGUUGUUGUGGUGCAGUUUGUGCUCUCAAGACAAAACAGAAGUAGGUGUUUGCAAGGUGAUAAGGCAUUAAAGUGCUGGAACACCCAAUAUCGAAAGUGAAUAUGUUCAUUUACAAUGUAUAGCAAUUCUUGUUCGAAUAACUGUUGUUUUAUCCUGAAAUCUGCAUUAUGCAAACAGAUAUACCAGACAAGUGUGUACUGGGGAGAACUUACAUUGAAACACACAUUAUGUAAAGCUACAUCCCAUGGUCUCACUACUAUGUGCAGGUAAUGAUCAGAUUAAAAUAAAUAUUAAUCUGAUACCAUUGCCAUUUUUGUUACUGAGUCUGGCACUGUUAACACAAAUUAUUAUCCAGACUUGCUUAACAAAACAUUAUCAAUAUAAUGCGUAUGAUAGUUCCUUUGAACAAAGGAGGUAGCAGCUACUGAAAAUCUUUUCUGCAGAAUUGUUAUGACAAAGGCAUAUUUUCAAAACAACCAUAUAGUUGUGGAUAACAGUUAAUGCUUAAAUCAAAAUAAGUGAAUAUUUUGGAAAUGUAAAUAUCUAACAUCAUGCUGUUUCUUUCCACAUUGUUUUUGUUAAUGUUUGUAAAUGAUUUAAAUGUGUUAAAGUAUUGUUAUAUAGCUAAAAGUAUAUUGGAUCCGUCCGAGAGUGCCUGUAUCAGGCUGUGAAGAAAUGUGAAGUGCAAUGGAAAUGACUGAUUUUAGAUUUGCAAUUCAAGAAAUGUUUGCUACUUAACUUGUUUCACACAAGGGAAUUCUUUCCAGAUAACAGCACUGGAAAUUAGGUUCGAACAGUUAAAAUUGACUACUUUGCUACAUGAUAAAAUAUUUUAAGACUCUGUUUGCAUCCUACCACGUAUCUUUGGAGUUACUAUGAAAAAUGUAAUCUUAAAGGUAGUUUUACAGAGAUUCUCAUUUUUGUCAAGCUGGUAUUGAAUUUGUAUUACAAAUGAAGAGCAUGUUCCCGCACUGGUGUGAUUUGUUGUACAUUUGCUGUUCAGCAAUGGUCAAAUCUGUAAUUGUUAAGCUGUUUAAAAAAUAUAUACGCUGAUAACACUGGCAAUGUUGACAAAAUAAACUGAUAUUUGUUUAAA